AAAAAAAUCAAGGCAAUAGUUUCAAAUUUUGAUCGCCCAUAGACUAAAGUUUGGCGGGAAGUAGGGAUAUGUAUAUUUCACCCCACUUCAAAAGUUGCAAGCUCCGAGCCGGUACAACAUGUACUGUAUAUGCAUUCAGUUGUAUUGUCCAGUCUGCACUACCUAGUGUAUAGUCGACCUAGCACGGUUUAUGGAACACAUGUAGCCAGACAAGAUCUGCACAGUGCUCCCUGGUCCGAUGGUUUUGUGAACUGCAAUCUUGAAAACUGUCCUGUAAAAGAUAAUCAUACCAUUUGUGUUUGUGGGCAAUUUCGGCAGAUCAAAGCUGAAGAGGAUCGACUAUUUCUGAAGCAGCAAAGGAUCAAACAUCUCGUCAACAAACCAAGUCCAGAACAAAAUUCUUCUGAGAAACCAAAAAAGAAAAAUGAAAAGAAAAAUCGUUAUGUCAUGUCAAAAGCAGAAGAAAAAAGAAUGAUUCUAGAUUUGAUUAAAAACAGGAACAUCACUAAGAUAUAUUCUAAAAAUAAACACGGAAGACGACAUGAAGAAAAACAAUCUCCAGUAGUUGGGAUGGUUCAGGGCUUAACAGAACUAACCAAGGGUACCUCAGUACCCCAGAGUCAAAACCAGACUGAGGUUUCUUUUGCUUCCUCUCUGCCAAAAGACGGGGAACAGAUGGUGAGCAUUGAUGAAAUUAGAUCAAAAAAGGCGGAUAAAAUGUCAACACGGAAACAGAAAAUAUGGGAAAAAGAAGAUAGAGUGAUAGACAUUAAUAUUCAUGAUAAUUCUCCAGACCCAGUAAAUACAGAUUCUGUAACAGAAGAAUCAUUAAAUAAAGAUCUCAUAGAUUUAGAAGAUUUCCCUGAGAUUGAAUACCAAACCAGUUUUUUCCCCCUACAUCCAACAGAAGACUCCAACAAGAUAAAAUAUGUAAAAUCCAAGAAACCGCCGAAAGAAAUAAAAGCUUUCAAAAACUUGUUGGUGCUCAAAGAUGAUGAUCAAUUUACAUAUGAGAAAUUACAAAAACAAUUAGGAGUACAGUUUAUAUUGAUAGGAAAAGACAGAAAGGAAGGAGUUCGAAUUUAUGCAAGGCGAGAGCAAAUCAGUGCUGAUGUGCCCAUCGAAUUCACAGAGAAAAUGGAUGAAAACGUGUCUGAGAUGGAUCAAGAAGAUUCUGUUGAUCAAGAAGAGUUAAUUGAUCAAGAAGAUUCAAUUAUCAACGAAGGUUUAGCGAAUCUUAUUAAAGCAGAACUGACUGGAAUUGAUCCAGAACUAAUUAAAGAUGAUGAGAUGGUUUACAUAAGAAAUAAUGAUUCUGUGACGUAUAAUAGUCGAAGUGAGAACGGAGACAGGCUUAUUUUGAUUGGACAAGACAUGGAACAAAAUGGCAGUAUUUAUGUAGUUCAGAAAAAGGCGUUUGAUUUACCCAAAGAGUAUAUUGAAGAUAUGGAUGAUAUUAAGAAUGUUUUAAAGCAGGAAGGAUUCUCCUCUUUCCUGAAAAUAGAAUCAGAGUUCAAGGAAUUAAAACAGGAAAUGAAGAAUGAGGGAAGUAAUGUAAAGGAUGAAAACAUUGAGGAAUGGAGGGAGUUAAAGGAGGAAAAAAUGGAGAUCCCAGUCGAAGAGAAUGCUCCUUGUUCACCAAGUGAUGAUUCAAGUCAAGAUUUGGAGAUUUUGUAUCAAUCAAGAACUGAAGAUCCGGGUUCAAGCAGUACCUUGCACCCCUGGAGGAGUCAAAGUAUAGUAGUUCAACCAAAGCCUGGAGCUAAAGUUAUCAUGGGAAAAGAUGCAAUUUAUGUUCUCCACGCUACACCAAAUCCGAAUUAUAAACUGAUUCCAAGGCUUCUGAAGAAAAAGGACAAGAAAAAUGAGGAAAAGAAGGAAGAGAAGGACAAGAAAACGGAGAAAAAGAAGGAAGAGAAGAACAAGAAAAAUGAGGAAAAGAAUGAGCUAAAGAAGAAGGCGAUAAAAAAGAUACGUUUAAAAAAGAAUACGAAAAGAAUGAGAAUGAUUCAAUGUGAUGAGUGUAAUGCCUCCUUCCCCUCAAACAUUGAAGAAGCUAAACUGAUAGAGCACAUUAAAAGAUUUCACCAAGAGAAGGCUUGACAGGAUUUGUUUCUGAUAUACUGUACACUGUUCAGUAUCAAAGUGAAUAAAUAUUAAAGUGGAACAAAUUAAGGCAACGACGACAGUUUCUUGGUUUCCUCCAACUCCUCCAACAGCUGACAGCAGAGUGUUCUUCGUCUUCCAAAUUCAAAUAUUCAAAAACUGCUAUUUUGAUAAGCUGUGAUUGUAAGAAUUUCUGAAGUAUCGUUUAUGAAUAUAUAUUUUUAUUAUAAAA